AGACCGCGGCGAAGGCAGGUGAGAGGAGGAAGGAAGCGGCGGGCACAGCAGCUCAGGCAGCGGCCCGGUUCCUGGGAGUGUCGGUGCGGCGUGGUGGUUGGGGCGGAUCCCGCGGGGCCCGGGCGGGGGAAGGAGUCACCGGCCCGGCCAUGGCGGACAACGAGAAACUGGACAACCAACGGCUCAAGAAUUUCAAGAACAAAGGCCGCGACUUGGAGACUAUGAGAAGACAACGAAAUGAAGUUGUAGUUGAAUUAAGAAAGAAUAAAAGAGAUGAACAUCUCUUAAAGAGGAGGAAUGUACCACAUGAAGAUAUCUGUGAAGACUCUGACAUAGAUGGUGAUUAUAGAGUGCAAAAUACCUCUCUAGAAGCUAUAGUUCAAAAUGCAUCCAGUGAUAACCAAGGAAUUCAAUUAAGUGCAGUUCAAGCUGCUAGGAAGCUUUUGUCCAGUGAUCGAAAUCCACCAAUUGAUGACUUAAUAAAAUCUGGAAUUUUGCCUAUUUUAGUCCAUUGUCUUGAAAGAGAUGACAAUCCUUCUUUACAGUUUGAAGCGGCAUGGGCUUUGACAAAUAUUGCAUCUGGAACCUCUGAACAAACUCAAGCAGUAGUUCAGUCUAAUGCUGUGCCACUUUUCCUGAGGCUUCUCCAUUCACCCCAUCAGAAUGUCUGUGAGCAAGCAGUGUGGGCCCUGGGAAAUAUCAUAGGUGAUGGGCCACAGUGUAGAGAUUAUGUCAUAAGUCUUGGAGUUGUGAAACCUUUACUUUCCUUCAUAAGUCCAUCUAUUCCUAUAACAUUCUUAAGAAAUGUUACUUGGGUUAUGGUCAACCUAUGUCGCCACAAAGACCCACCACCCCCAAUGGAAACCAUUCAGGAGAUUCUUCCAGCUCUUUGUGUUUUAAUUCAUCACACAGACGUAAAUAUAUUGGUAGAUACAGUCUGGGCCCUCUCUUACCUUACUGAUGCUGGCAAUGAACAGAUACAGAUGGUAAUAGACUCUGGAAUAGUCCCUCAUUUGGUUCCUCUUCUCAGCCACCAGGAAGUUAAAGUGCAGACGGCAGCACUUCGAGCUGUAGGCAAUAUUGUUACUGGAACUGAUGAGCAAACACAAGUAGUUUUAAACUGUGAUGCUCUUUCACACUUCCCUGCACUUCUGACACAUCCCAAAGAGAAAAUUAAUAAAGAAGCAGUGUGGUUCCUGUCUAACAUCACUGCAGGAAAUCAGCAGCAGGUUCAGGCAGUAAUUGAUGCCAAUCUUGUACCAAUGAUAAUACACCUUUUGGAUAAGGGAGAUUUUGGCACUCAGAAAGAAGCUGCGUGGGCCAUAAGUAACUUAACAAUUAGUGGAAGAAAAGAUCAAGUGGCCUACCUAAUCCAACAAAAUGUUAUCCCACCUUUUUGCAACUUGCUGACUGUAAAAGAUGCACAAGUUGUGCAAGUAGUACUCGAUGGACUAAGUAAUAUAUUAAAAAUGGCUGAAGAUGAGGCAGAAACCAUAGCCAAUCUUAUAGAAGAAUGUGGAGGACUGGAGAAAAUUGAACAGCUUCAAAAUCAUGAAAAUGAAGACAUCUACAAAUUGGCCUAUGAGAUCAUUGAUCAGUUCUUCUCUUCAGAUGAUAUUGAUGAAGAUCCUAGCCUUGUUCCAGAGGCAAUACAAGGUGGAACAUUUGGUUUCAAUUCAUCUGCCAAUGUACCAACAGAAGGGUUCCAGUUUUAGAAAGAUGUUGUGGAAGUUAGGUACAAUGCAGCACUGGGAUAUAUAUAUAUAUAUACAUAUAUAUAAAAAGGUUUGAUCCAUCAAGCUUGGCUCAUGGGAUCUGCUGCUGCAUUAAAUCGGGAAAGAAAAUGUGAAGAUUUCAUUUGGAAUCACAGAAAAUGCCCAAAUGAGGUCAAGAUGGCGAGUGGGUGCGAGUGAGAAUGAGUGGCAAAAUGUAAUGAAAACUCUACAUGGAUGCUUAUUUAGGUUGUUCAAAGUAAAAAGGGCUACAGGUCACAGAUCUUCAGUGCCUGAGAAGGAACAUUGACUUUGUAUCAAUUGAGGGGAAAGUGCAGUACUGUCAUCUUCAAGCCUUGUAAGCAUAAAAGAGAAUAGAAUGCCCAUAAAAGUCAAAGGAAAACGAGCCCAGGCCUUGCUAUGAAGCAGUGUGUGAGUGGACAGUGUUGAAUGAAUGUCUGGCUCAGUGAUGGAGAGCCAGGUUCAUCUUUUCAAAUCUAGGGCUCUUCAUUCAUGAAGCAGACUCCUAGUCCUGGAGUGACUGUGUACGAGAGUAUGGUUGUGGUGCUGUAUGUGAACGCAUGCAAGCUUGAUUUGCCUUCAGGGGGCUGAUAACAAACCUAGUAAAAUCAUCAGAGUGAGAUCAUAAGUGUUACUGUACACUGGACAUGAAAACAAAGAUCAGUUCAGCAGCAGACAUUGGUGUACUCUGCAGCCUGUGUUUUCUAUUUCCCUUCCUCCCUGUUCCCACCCCCUCCUUUUUUUUUUUUUUUUUUUUUAGGUUUUUUUUUUUUUUGUGGGAGUUUUUUGUUUUGUUUUUAGUUUUUAUUUACUUUACCUAGUAUGGCUUUUUAGUUGCUUCUCAAGUCAGAAAACUUUCAGGAAGGUUUCCCUGUGCAUUUGCACCAGAUGAAUGUUUGAUGCUAUGAAAAGCUUUCCAUAUCAUCAAAACUAAUUUGUGUAGAUUUUUGCAUGAAAAAAAAAUCAUAAAUUUCCCUCAAAAUAGACUGUGUUGCAGUACACAAGUUGCCAUAAUAGUAUAAAACAGUAAAAUGUGCUUUUAAAAGCCAUCCUUUUCAUUUUCAGAGAUAACAUAAAGAUCUUUGCAUGAGGUAAAUCUACAGCCUAGUUCAUUUUUAGAUUUUGUUGAGUCCUGUAAAGAAGAAGAAGAAAAAAGUUUCAGUUGUGGUAGAAUACCGUGCUGUGUUUAAAUGUUACUUGUUUUCAAACUUUGUUUUCUAUGAAAAUGAUAUGGAAACUUCUAAAAUGGAAUUUGGUGCAUAUGUACUGCUGAAUAAAGACCGAUGAAGAGGUUUGAGUAGAUGUACAAA